UGUGAGUGUCACUCUGCAUGCAGGCGAGGUCACCGAGUGACUGCCGACUGUGCGUGCGAGAAGCUCACAUGUUCAAACUCUCGAGGGCCAGACGAAUGCCUGGCUGCUUCCUGUGACUACGACCACACAAAAUACUGCAAAUACAACUCUAAAACCCAGUCCUGCAUGUGUCCCUGCUGUGUAUCCAGAGAGGACCCCAUCCACCAGUCUUGGUGCCUAGACUGGUCCAGGUGAGACCUUGGUUUAUCACAAUUGUAAUUUUCCUGCCAAGCAACUGUUAGGACCAGGCAAUAUUUGUAUACACACGGACCUGUUAUGACUAAAUGGCCAGCUGACACACCUAGAGACAUAUUGUAUGUGUUCCAAGCUCUGUGUAUAGUAGGUGUAUACAAAAUAAUGUCAUCUAGUCUUAUGCAGCUAUGUUUUUUUAGUUAGUUCAUAAGGCGCGGAGGUUAUAAAUUUGGACAUGUAUGCCUUGGUGCACUAUACAUUCCUUUAAUUGGGGUACAUGGGCAAAUGCACUCCAAUUAAAGGAAUUGUUAGCCGUUCAUCAAUGACCUACUUUCUAAUAAGCAACACCCUC